GUGUUGAUAUUGUACAGUGGCUUAUGAAGAACCUCAGCAUUGAGGAUCCAGGGGAAGCAAUACACUUGGGAAGUCUUAUUGCUGCACAGGGUUAUGUCUUUCCAAUCUCAGAUCAUGUCCUUACCCUGAAAGAUGAUGGGACGUUUUACCGUUUUCAGGCACCAUACUUUUGGCCUUCAAACUGCUGGGAACCAGAAAACACAGAUUACGCCAUCUAUCUUUGCAAACGGACCAUGCAGAACAAAGCUAGACUGGAGCUGGCGGAUUAUGAAGCCGAAAACUUAGCAAGACUUCAGAGAGCAUUUGCAAGAAAGUGGGAAUUCAUCUUCAUGCAAGCUGAGGCCCAAGUAAAAAUCGACAGAAAAAAGGAUAAAACAGAAAGAAAGAUUUUGGACAGCCAGGAAAGAGCAUUCUGGGAUGUUCACAGGCCUGUGCCGGGCUGUGUGAAUACCACAGAAAUGGAUAUUAGAAAGUGUCGUCGUAUGAAAAACCCACAGAAGGUGAAAAAG